UACACUCUCGUUGUAGCCUCCUAUAAAAGGAUAUCGAUUGGAUUAGGGUUUUCGAGUAGUAGUAACAGGAGGAAGCAGAGGAGCAUCUCCAGCAGCCAGCAGCAACCAUGGUUCUCAAGACGGAGCUUUGUCGUUUCAGUGGCCACAAGAUUUACCCAGGAAGGGGAAUCAGAUUCAUCCGAUCUGACUCUCAGGUGUUCUUGUUCAUCAACUCAAAGUGUAAGCAUUACUUUCAUAACAAACUGAAGCCUUCCAAGCUUUGUUGGACUACCAUGUACAGAAAGCAGCACAAGAAGGAUGCAGCUCAAGAAGCUGUGAAGAAGAGGAGACGUGCUACCAAGAAGCCCUACUCAAGGUCUAUUGUUGGUGCUACCUUGGAAGUGAUUCAGAAGAAGAGAGCUGAGAAGCCUGAAGUCCGUGAUGCUGCAAGAGAAGCUGCUCUUCGUGAUAUCAAGGAGAGAAUCAAGAAGACAAAGGAUGAGAAGAAGGCAAAGAAGGCUGAGUUUGCUUCAAAGCAACAGAAGAUUCAGGCUAAGAUCCCCAAGGCUGCUGCCAAGGGAGGUCCUAAGUUGGGAGGUGGUGGUGGCAAACGCUGAAGAACCCUUGCUUUUCACUCUUGUGUUUCUCUGCUAGUGUGCUACUAUUUUUAGUUUAUGUUGAUUUCAGAAUAUCCCGCAGAACGUAAACCUUUUGUUAUUUGCGUUUGUCUCUUACUUUUAAGCAACUCUUAUAAUCUCAAGACUUGAGAAUUUUGUUUUCC